AUGGCCUAUGACCGCUUUGUGGCCAUCUGUAACCCACUGCUUUACUUGGUCACCAUGUCCAAGGAACUCUGUGUGAAGCUGGUGUCUGGCUGCUACCUCUGUGGGACUGUGUGUUCUCUGAUUCACUUGUGUUUAGCUCUUGAGAUCACCUCUUACAGUUCAAAUGUGAUGAACCACUUCUUUUGCGAUCUGCCCCCUCUCUUAUCUCUUGCUUGCUCUGAUGUCACUCUGAAUGAACUGAUGCUAUACAUUGUGGCCACUUUCAAUGAGCUCAUCACCAUCGUGAUCAUCCUCACCUCCUACUUGUUUAUUCUCAUCACCAUCCUGAGGAUGCGCUCCGCGGAGGGGAGGCGCAAAGCCUUUUCCACCUGUGCCUCCCACCUCACAGCCAUUCUUGUCUUCCACGGAACAAUCCUUUUCAUUUAUUGCCGGCCCACUUCUGGCAACAGUGCCGAUACAGACAAGGUGGCCACAGUGUUCUACACUGUGGUGAUCCCCAUGCUGAACCCCUUGAUCUACAGCUUGAGGAACAAGGAUGUGAAGGAGGCUCUAAGAAAGGUGUUGAGCUCCAGAAUAUUUUCGCAGAGAAUGUUUUCUUAG